AAACAGUGAGGGAGAAAUUGGCAGACAGCAUUCCUCUGCGAGGUACAGCUAGCUAGACCAGAACUCCGUUCUCUCCAGAGUCUUCAUUGCGUGGGUUUCCGAAGCAGCCAUGGCCGCCGAGCUCGCCAGCGAAGUGAUGGGCUUCUACAGUGACAACAAGAAUGACCUGUUCUUUGAGGUUGAUGGCCUCCAGCAGACUGAGUGCGCCUUUCAAGACCUGGACCUCAGCUCAGAUGGGGGCAUCCAGCUGAAAAUCUCCCACCAGCUCUACAACCGAAGCCUCAGGCAGGUCGCGUCGGUCAUUGUCGCUGUGGAGAAGCUGAGGAAAGUGCCCAUUGUCUGCUCCCAGGACUUCCAGGACGAGGACCUGAGGAGCCUCUUUUUUUGCCUCUUUAAAGAAGAAUCCAUCAACUGCGUGUGGGAUGACAGUUUCGAGUGUGACGCAGCCCUGCAGACGCUGAGUUGCACACUCCGGGACAGAAACCAAAAAUCCCUGGUGCUGUCUGAACCACAUGAGCUGCAGGCUCUUCACCUCAACGGUCCGAAUAUCAGCCGACAAGUGGUGUUCUCCAUGAGCUUUGUGCCAGGCCCUGAAAGUAUCGACAAGAUGCCCGUGGCCUUGGGCAUCAAGGAGAAGAACCUGUUCUUGUCUUGUGUGAUGAAGGACAAGAAGCCCACCCUGCAGCUGGAGACACUGGACCUCAACAGUCAGCCAAAGAAGAAGAUAGACAAGCGAUUUGUCUUCAACAAGACAGGAGCCCUGGACAAGGUAGAAUUUGAGUCUGCCCUGUACCCCAACUGGUACAUCAGCACCUCGCAAGCAGAACAGAUGCCCGUCUUCCUGGGAAGCAGCAGAGGUGGCCGGGAUAUCACUGACUUCACCUUGGAAAUCCUGGGUCACUGAGAGGAAUGUGCUCACAGGUGCCCUCAGAGCUCUCAGAUGCUGCAGGACGGGACAGAGGGUUUGAACGAGGCUGCGAGCUGUGCUUCACUUCGCCCCACAUUCGUGCUGGGGAAACCGCCCGCCAGGAGAAGCGGCCCCUCCUCCUAGGGCCAGUCCUCAGACCGCUGGGCUGAGCCGGUUCGCUCUCCUCUCUGCUCACACAGCCAUCCGGGCAGAAGCCGCAUACUCCGUUCAAACCCUCUGUCCUUUGCACACAGCUUCCAAUGUGCAACUAUGUAAACUAUCUUUUUAUUUAUUUAUUGUUGGUUUAUGUAUUUAAUGUAGAGCAAGGUGGGCAAGAAGGAGCCAGGUCUUCAGCGUCUAAGGAACCAACUUCUUUUGAAUGAGAAUGUUGUCUUUACAUCAAGUCCCUUCACCAGACUGAAUAAGCUCAGAUUAUUUUAAUAGGAAUGUUUAUGAAUAAGGAAGUAAGACCA